AGUUAUUUUUUAUUUGGUUUGAAUCAUUUUUAGUAAUACUUAUAUUUAGUAAUGAAAUCAAUAAAAUCAAAAACAAAGCGUGUUGUUCCACCCUUUAGUUCUCAAUCACGACAACCAAACACAAUUGUAGCUGGUCCUCCUCGAACACGCUCAUGUCAAACACCAAUUGGAAAUACUGCAUUUCGCCGUUAUUAUGAUAGAGGUGACUUUAUGUUGUCUGUCGAUAGUGGGCGAGUUAUGUGGAAAACAUCAUUUGAAAAUAUAGAUUAUCACCAUUAUUUACCAAUUUUUUUUGAUGGAUUACGUGAAGUUGCAUACCCGUAUCGUGCCGUGGCUGAGCGUGGAGCUACAGAUAUGCUAAAAAAUGGUACACCUGAUCGUAUACUACCUGUUGUGCCCCAAUUGAUUAUUCCUAUAAAAUUAGCACUUAACACUGGUCAUCCAGAUGUAGUUAUAGCAACAUUGAAAAUGGUUCAAACUUUAGUAACAUCGGCUGAUAUGGUAGGAGAAGCUCUAGUGCCUUACUAUAGACAAAUAUUACCACCUCUCAACGUAUACAAGAACCUUAAUAAAAAUACAGGUGAUGGCAUUGAUUAUGCUCAAUAUCAACAAGAAGAUGUUGGAGACUUGGUGAAUAAUACUUUAGAAAUUCUUGAAAGACACGGAGGAGCUCAUGCUUUUAUUAAUAUUAAAUACAUGAUUCCAACUUAUGAAUCAAGUGUGGCAAACUAGUAUAUUACAUUUAAAUAUAGAUCUUAAAUAUUUUAAUUUCACAAAUUGAUUUAUUAUUUCCUUAAAAGUAUAUU